UCCAAUGUUUAUAGUGAGCUCUUUUGGAUGCAGUUUAAGGCCCCAAGUUGGAUUUGCUGGGACUUGGAAAAUAUUCGACUUUUAAAUGGAGGAUCAGGGCGAUGUGAUGGACCAAGCCGUUGGUAAGCUGAGUAGUUCAAAAGCCCAAGGCCCCAAAAACCGAUGUGCUAACGAUGACCCGAUUGUGGGAACUCAGAGUCAAAGUCGCCAAAACUCGUCGACCAUGCUGAACUUAAUGGACGCCAGUUCCUUCAGUAUGCCGCCUCCAAAUCUCCACUCCUCGAAGGUGAUCAAUCCAAACAAGGCGAUAUUCACCAUAGACGCGAAUACGGGACAGAUUUUCAUAGUGAACAACAAGGCCUGCCAAUUGCUGGGCUACACUUCCCAGGAGCUGAGGAACAAGGGGUUCUUCGAUCUCCUCAAUGGCAAGACGGAAAGUCACAUCUCAUCGCUGGCGGAGAUGCAGAUCGAGGGCGACGAGGGUCGAGUGGUGCUGCUAAGCGGAAAGGUCAUCGAAAUGAAGACCAAGUCGAGCAACAAGAUUCUGGUUUCGCUCUGGAUACGCCAGAUUAGUAAUGAUGCAAGGCACAUAGCCGUUGCCGAGCCCGUGGAAAGGCACAUCUGCCACAUAAGCACCGAUAGGUUCGGGGUAAUAACAUCCGUUGACGCCACCACGGCAACCAUAUUCUUCUACGAAUCCACCGAAAGCAUGGUGGGCGUCAAUAUCACCGCUCUGAUCCCGUUUAUAAAGCUACCCGAUCCGGACAGCAGGGAGAUCCCGAAGAGCCUGCGAAAGCAGAGGGCCACGGGCCGAACCACGGAUAAUGUGAAGUUCCCUCUAUGUCUACUGAUAGCCCUGGAUGAGAGUGCAGGGACAGGAACAGGAGGAUACACCGUGUUCAACGUCACCGUCUGGGUCUUUCAGAACCUCAGUGGUCUCAUUGUGGUGGACGAUAUAGGCAACAUAUUGAUGUGCAAUCAGCCAUUUUCGCUGCUGAUGUUCGGUUAUGGCCAGGACAAGAUCUUAAAUAUGCAUAUAUCCGCUAUACUACCAAAUUUCGGGAAGGACUCCCGCGAGGACAAGAGCCCCAAUGUGUCAAACACCUCGAUAACCAGCAACGACUGGGAGCCGGAUACUGAUCCCUUCGUCCUGGACAACGACUCCUCGUUGCAGUCGUGCAAGAAGAAGGUCCCACCCAACAACGAACCCUCCUCGGUGAGUGAUGCCCACCUGAGCUGCAAUCUGGAAAACAGUGGUGGCUUGUUCUGCGAUCUCCGACAGCCAGAUGAAUGUACAAUAGAUGAUAUCCUAACACCCGUCAAUGCCUCGAACAGUUUCCCCGCCGAUGAGUUCGAGGGGGGAUCCCACUCGCAUAUAAACGAGAUGGGUCUCGACAAGGCCAAGUCCGCGUCUACGGAGACAUGUGAUGCCUCCGGCAGUAAUCCCGCCACCAGGCUACUGAGUUCCAUUAACGGAAGCUUUGUGGGCGAGGCAGUCCAUGCCGAUGGCUCCGUUAUAGAGGUAGUCUACUCUGUACUCCUCCAGAUCCUGCCCUGCUCCAAUCGGGUGUACUGCAUCUGGGUGUGCCGAAAUCCCAGCACCCGACUGGAUGGUGAAAAGUACAACUAUGCCAAUCUAACGUCCACAUUCAACAGCAUGGCCAGCACCAUUGAGCAGUCGCUGGGUCAGGUCAUAAAGACCACGGCGGCCCAGAACUCCAGUCGACCUAACUCGCUGUCUCUGGUGUCCAAAUACGAGGAUGAGCUCUAUCUGGGCGACUACAGCAAGCACUAUACUUCAAUUCGGCAGAUCGGAAGGGGAGCCUACGGGUAUGUGAACAUGGCCUUUAGGAACACCGAUCGCCUGCUGGUCAUCACCAAGUUCAUUCUGAAGGAGAAGCUCUGCUCGCAGUUUAUGGUCAAAAACCGCGAUUGCAAGGAAGUUCCUAUAGAGAUCCAUCUACUACAGACCCUCAACCACAAGAAUAUUGUGUCUGUGCUGGAUGUAUUCGAAAAUGACCUGUUCUAUCAGCUGGUAAUGGAGAAACACGGUUCCGGAAUGGACCUCUGGACAUUCAUUGAACGGCGCCCGCUGAUGGAUGAAAAACUGGGCAGCUAUAUUUUCCGGCAGGUUGCAGAUGCCGUCAACUAUUUGCAUGAACAGAAGAUACUGCAUCGUGAUAUAAAGGACGAGAAUAUUAUAAUCGAUCAUAAUUUCAACAUUAAGCUGAUCGACUUUGGUUCGGCGACCUUCAUGGAAGAGGGCAAGUUCUUCUCGACGUUUUACGGCACCACUGAGUAUUGCAGUCCGGAAGUUCUGGCCGGAAAUAGAUACGUGGGUCCCGAACUGGAAAUUUGGGCCCUGGGCGUUACCCUGUACGUUCUAAUGUUCUUCGAAAACCCAUUCAUCGAUGUCGAGGAAACCCUUAAGGCGGAAAUCCAGAUACCGAAGGCGGUGUCCGAACAACUGAGCCGUCUACUGAGUUCAAUGUUGAACAAGGAUCCCAAAUACCGCUGUACCAUGCACCAGUUGAUAACCGAUCCAUGGCUGACCCAGGAGGUUAAUCCCGCAGCGUUCAGUUUCUCCUGGAUUGUCCCCUGUAAGGCCCAUGAGGCAAAUCCUGAUGUAUACUUCUCGGGUUACCUAUACUCCAGCACAUCGGUGCUGUCCACCAUUUCGCCGCAGGAGAGCUUCUCCCACAUCGAAGAGUCCUCGAUGGGCGGCAGUGAUGAGGCAAGAUUGGCGUCUCACAGGACCGGAGGACCCAAGUUGUGUGUCAUUGAUGCCAAACACAAUAAGAUGGACACUCUCUAUGCGAAACAAUUCCAGUUAAACACUUCAGUUAGUAACCACGAACUGAGGGCCACGUUACCUGACUCCAGCCAUUCAGAAAUCGGAGGUUCUAUAUGCUCCUCGAAAUCCGAAAACGAUAUAUUUAAGAACAAGCUCGAGCCCUGCGUCUCUGCUUAUAACGUUGUUAGCUUGCACGACGUGAGCAAGAAACCUAAAACGCUUGAUCUAAAGUAAAGUUCUAUAUCUGUUGUACAUGUGUAAAUCGAAUCUAUGCAUAUAGUCAUAUGUAAAUAGCAACAUCUGUGAAAGGACAAUUAAGGUUUUGGGGCUGAAAAAUAUGUAGA